AUGUCGACCUCUCCCCCAAAGCAGGAGGGUGUGGAACCAGUCCAGUCGCCUGACGAAGAACAGCCCAUGGACCGGAACACAGAAGAGAACACAGGUCAAGUAGGUUACGAAUUCGAGGUCAAGGAGCAAGAUCGAUGGCUUCCAAUCGCCAAUGUCGCCCGAAUCAUGAAGAUGGCCUUGCCAGAAAACGCAAAGAUAGCAAAGGAAGCAAAGGAAUGCAUGCAGGAAUGCGUCAGCGAGUUCAUCUCCUUCAUUACCAGCGAGGCCUCCGAAAAAUGCCAGCAAGAGAAGCGCAAGACGGUCAACGGCGAGGACAUACUGUUCGCCAUGACUUCACUCGGCUUCGAGAACUACUCGGAAGCUCUCAAGAUCUACCUCUCUCGGUACCGCGAAAACAAGCCACCCACUGGGCAGUAUGCAGGCGGGCCCGGCGGGCCCAACUCAGGCGGCCCAGAGAGCCAGGGGCAUGUACUGAACACGGACUCGGAAAUGGGCGAAGACAACCAAGCUGCCUUUGGGUACCAGACGAUCCAUACCCACAACGGAAACGGCAAUCCCGACUACUAG